GCGAUUAGCAUUUCUACAGCUCUUAGAAAAAAACCAUGCCUGAGCCCUCCAAAUCUGCUCCUGCCCCGAAGAAGGGCUCCAAGAAAGCCAUCACUAAGGCGCAGAAGAAGGAUGGCAAGAAGCGCAAGCGCAGCCGCAAGGAGAGCUAUUCCAUCUACGUGUACAAGGUGCUGAAGCAGGUGCACCCGGACACCGGCAUCUCGUCCAAGGCCAUGGGCAUCAUGAACUCGUUCGUCAACGACAUCUUCGAGCGCAUCGCGGGCGAGGCGUCGCGCCUGGCGCAUUACAACAAGCGCUCGACCAUCACGUCUCGGGAGAUCCAGACGGCCGUGCGCCUGCUGCUGCCCGGGGAGCUGGCCAAGCACGCCGUGUCCGAGGGCACCAAGGCCGUCACCAAGUACACCAGCUCCAAUGUUGUGGGGCAUUUGUUCCCUCAUUUCCUAAAGGUCCCAAGACUUCUUGUGUUUGCGUUUCAAUGUUUCGGCCCUCUAACCACGAGGGGUGCAGUACGCUAUGGAUAUGGAGGAUGACAGAAGAAUUUUCUGAACCAACCAAGUGUUGUAGCCAAGUGAAAAAAAUGGAGAAG